AUUGGUUGGGUGCGCGGAGGUCGAGUUUGUCGCAUCGGUCGCAAGACCGCCAGAAGAAAAUGUCGACCUCCAUCGACAUUCCUAAAUAUGCGUCCGAGUUCGUCGGGACCUACAUCCUGGUGCUCACCAUCGGAUGUAAUGUCCUCGGUGGCACCGCGGUGUGGGCGGUCACCUCGAUUGCCUGCGCUCUGAUGGUAAGCAUCUACGCCUUCGGUGCAGUCUCCGGGGCGCACUUCAAUCCUGCGGUCACACUCUCCAUUGCUCUCACGAACAAAAUGCCCGGGGGGUUUAAGGAAGCUGCCAUCUACAUGGUACCACUCUGCAUUUGGAAAUUGUUCUUCAUUGGCGGCGUCCGUUGGAAAAAGAAAAAAGAAAAAACACAAGCUUCGUAUGGAGAUUCGAUGAUGUUAUGGCUGGCAGUGAAGCUGCAGCUGUAGUAGCUGUCUUCUAAAAAUUGUUCGUGUCGUACUGUAAGAGACCUCGAACAGACACUGAAAGUCGAGGAGGAUGACAUUGCCAUAAAAUCGUAAAGACAAUCUAAAUCGCAGGCCGUGCAGCUCGCGGGCGGUAUCUGUGCUGGGUUUACCUACCUCGGGCUGUUCAAAACGGCAUUUGAACUGGGCCCAGGAAAGGGCCACACCUGGCUCGCGGCCGGCGUAGUGGAAUUGCUGUACACAGCCAUGCUGUGCUUCGUGGUGUUGAACGUGGCCUGCGCGUCGGCCAGCACGGACAACCAGUACUACGGGCUGGCCAUCGGGUUUGUGGUUGUCGCGGGAGGCUAUGCGGUGGGCACCAUUUCCGGGGGUUGCUUCAACCCCGCCGUCUCCUUCGGUAUCGACCUGGCCAGCUACGACAAGGGCGUCUACAUGUGCUUCGUGUACCUCGUGUUCCAGAUGAUCGGCGCCGCGCUCGCGGCCGGGCUCUUUCGCCUGGUCCGCGCGGAGGACUUCGGCGGCGUGGCGAACACGCUGAACAGCAAGUUGAUCGCGGAAGCCGUCGGAACCUUCGUACUCACCCUCACCGUGGGCUUCAACGUGCUCACGGCCUCCGCCGCGGGCGCGUACUCCAUCGGGGCCAGCUUGAUGUGCAUGAUCUACGCGCUGGGGAACGUUUCUGGCGCGCACUUCAACCCGGCGGUAACGCUGGCCGUGCUGUUGUCCGGGCGGGACAUCAUCUCCACCAACGAUGCGCUGAAGUACAUGGGGGUGCAGACCCUGGCCGCCAUGGUGGCCGGCCUCACCUACAUGGGCGUGCUGGGCAUGUCUUUCCGCGUGGCGCCGGGACUGGGCUGGUUCAAGACGGGACUGGGCGAGGUCGUCUACACCGCCCUGCUCUGCUUCGUUGUGCUCUCGGUCGCCACGGUCAAGAAGCCGUCCGCUGAUAUGUUCGGCCUCGCGAUCGGCUCGGUUAUCACCGUCGCGGGCUUCGCCGGCGCAAGCAUGGGAGUGGUACAUUUUAACUUAUGUUCAGUUACCACUGUGUUUUCUCUUUUUUCUUACAUUCUGUCCAUGCCGUACUGAACACGGAUUGUUUGACAAAACUAAAUCUAAAACGACAAAAAUUAAUAAAGGUAUUGAACCCGGCGUACGAAAUUGUAAUGCGCGCAUUCACAAGCUCACUGCGUCCAAACCCGACAUGUGUUGUUAUGGAUUGCCUGUCUGAACUGGUUUACAAGAAUUCCAAAUGCCACUCGUUACAGGAAAUUCCUCUACAAGUUCAUUUCAUGCUUAAAAGUACAUUGUGCGUGCAUCUAUAAAGCCUGGUCCUGCCAGAUAUGACCAUUUUUUCGUUCGCGGUUAAAUUGCGCAGAGCGGCGAUUGCGUGGACUUUCGUCUUUCCAUAGCGGUGUCGGAAUCGGCAUCGAUUUCACGAACAUGGUGAAAGGCGGAC